AUGACUGACUCUAUGAACUUGAGAGAUUCCACCAAAUCUCAUGAACUUUUCAUAGGAAGUAAUAUAACAGAAAAUGUGUAUGAGAACGAAAUAAACGCUAUGAAAGAAUUAACUAGCUCAAAUGAUGUUGGAACGGGAAUCGAAAUAAAAAAAGCAAUUCUUAAUGAUGAAGGAGAAAUAAAAAAGAAGCAUACAAAAAAAAAAAUCGAUAUUAUGAGCUUAUUAAAAAAAGAAAAAAAAAUAUAUAAAAUGGAAAAAGGGUCCAUUUCCGAUAUAUAUGAUUCUUAUUUACUAUCUAAUCCAGAACAUGUAGAUCAGCAAAAAUAUUAUUUGUCCUUUAGUGAAUUAAAUAAACAUAAUUUUUCUGAUAAAAAUGCAAAUACCAAUGCUAAGCAUAGCGAUAAAAGAAAUUCCAAAAAUGUAAGGAAUGCAAAAAAAAAAAUGAGUAUAAAUGAGAAGAAAUCAAAAGACGAUAAUAAUAAUGUAAAGAGUAAAAAAAAAAAAAAUAGUAACAAUAAAAAAAUAAAAAAAAGUCUAAAUUAUAUAGGUAAUUCUAAUAAUGCUGAAGAGGAAACAAAAGCACAAAACAGUAUGGACAAGAAUUUAAAUUUUGAACCACAUGAAGAUUUAAAAAGAGAAAUCGAAAAGAUAAAGGAAGAUAUAGAUAAAAUAAAAAAAAAAGGAAAUGUAAAAAGGAUUUAUGAUGAUUUAAAAUAUAUUUUACUUUUUCAAAAUGAAAUAAUUGAUAUAUUAAUAGAAGAUAUAAGAAAAAAUAAAUUAAAAACAAAAUAUGAAUAUUUAGAAGAUAGUACAAUUAAAGAUGAUAUAAAUAAAGUUAUUCUAAACCAAAUAGCAUUUGAUCUUUUAAAAUUUAAAUAUAUUAAUACUAAGUUAAAAGAAUUAAUUUUGUGUGUUUAUGAUACGAAAAAAUUUAAUAAUUUAAUAAAAGAAAUUAUAUAUAAUAAAAUAAAUGAAAUGAAAAGGAUUGGAGACCAAGACGGAGAACUUACUUUUGCUAAAACAAUGCUAUCUUUUUUAUAUAAACAAUUAAAAUAUUCUUUAGAAGAUGAAGUACAAAGUUAUUAUACCAAUAUAAAAAAUCUAAAUGAUGAUAUACAUAAUAUAAAAAAAAAUAUGAUGAACUUAAUUUUUAAUUCAAUAGAUAAUAUGACAACUAUUCCAGCUCCUGAAAAGGUUUACAGCGUUUUAGGAAAUGAGCAAAUAGAAAAAAAAAAAGAAUACGAAUAUAAAGCUGCUCAAAAAAAGCAAUUAAUAUGCCCGCCUUAUUAUAGAGAUUUGAAUGAUUUUUUUUAUUUAUACGACUCUAUUUAUACUGAUGAUAAAAUAAAUUCUGCUAAGGCCAGCGUAAUAUCACAGUAUAUGAACAAAUUUAAGAAUUAUUGCAUUGUAGAUAAAAUAAACAAAGGGAUAGAAGAUGUCCCCAAUGAUGAUGCAACUCCUCAUCGAAAUGUAUCAAAUAAAAAUAGUGAAAUUAAUUUAGUAUCAAAAGUUUUAAAUACACCCCAAUUAUGUAAAAGCUCUCAUGAAACGAAAAUCCAAUCAUAUCCUGCUCAUUUACCACAUCAAAAUAUUUACAUUAGCUUGCCAAAUAAUUUGACUAAUAAUUCAAUUGAUAUGUCUAUAAAUGAUAAUGUUAUUUUGAAUAAUAAAGAUAAUAACCAUAGUUCUUUAAAUUACAACAACGAUAACAACACUUCAAGUAUGCAAUUUGGUAUUUUACCUAAUAUAAAACCAUUAAAUGAAUACAAUAUUGAUGAAAUAAAAAAUGGGUACAUAAAUAUGAAUACUCAGAAUAUUAAUAAAUUUUAUAAUAAUUAUAGGUUUACACAUAAUUUAAAUAUAGGUAACCGGAGUAUGCAUAAUAAUAUUCCUAUCAAUAAUAAUAAAAAUAAUAAUACAAUGAUGUCAUUGUCAUUUAGAAAUAAUCCAGAAUGCAAUUUAUUUUGUAAUGGAGAUACAAGAAUUUCAAGCGAACAAAUUAAUUGUAGUAAUUUUAUAGGUAAUUGCAAUAAUAUACAAAAUGAAAUAUAUAAUAAUAAUAUUCUGAAUAAAUGUUUAGACAAUAAUCAUAGUAAUAAAAUAGCCAUAAGAAGGGUUGAAAAUUUGUAUUAUGAUCCAGAUAAUAUGCAAAUUAUAGCAAAUAAUAAUUUUAUACCUUCCAAAUUUUCUGUUGAUAUUGAUCAUAGUAAAAAUAUAAAUAGUAGUCAGCAUGGAUCUAACAUAGAAAAUGUAAACAAUGGGAUUCAUGUUCAUGACAAUAAUAAUGAUAAAAAUACAUACGUAAAUAACAACAUUCAUUUGAGAAAUGAUGCAAUUAGGAAUAUGGAUAUAAAUGUGGAUAAUGCUCAUGCAUACACAGGUUUUGAAAUAUUGUCUAAUAAAGAAGAUUUUAAAAAAAUAGAAAGAUUUUUAAAUGAUAAAUGGGGUAGCUUUAAACUUUUUGAGAAAUGGUUAAAAGAUUGUUCAAAAUGGCAAUGGAUAGAUUUAAAAUUACAAAGAGAGUAUAUUAAUAAUAAUAUAGAAUUAGAAAAAUUAAAAGAAGAGAAAAAAAAAUAUUUAGAAAAAUGUAUAAAUAAUAAAAUAAAAGAAUUAUGGUGCGGUCGCGUAAAGGGUUUAAUGAAUGUAAAAUUGUGUAAUAUGGAAAAAAAAAUAGCAAAUGAAUUUUCAUUAAACAAUAUAGUUAAAAAUAAUAUUCAUGAGGUUACAUUAGAUUAUGAAAGAAGUUCAAUGUGUUAUCAGGACUUAUAUGCCCAACUUUAUGUAAUUGGUUUAAAUAGUAAAAAAAUAGAAAUGAUAAAAAAAAUUAAUGAAUUUAAAAAUAAUAAUAUUGAUGGUGAAGUCAAUGCUCAAGAGAAUGGAAGCGACUUAAAAAAAAAAAAAGAUUCAUCAAAAAAGAAGGGAUAUGUGCACUCUUUAAUUUAUAGUUUCAAUAAAAAAUCACACAAACAAAAUAAGAAAAAAUAUAGCAUUAAUAAGGAUACAAUACAAACUACUGAACCUUCUAAAAAAAAAAACUUAGCAAAAAAAGCAGAGAAUAGAGGAAUAACUGCUAACAAUAAUAAUGAAGAUGGAGGAGAGAUAGAAAAUAAGCAAAAAGAAAACAGUAUAGAAAAUACUGUUACUACUAAUAACAAUAUAAAUGAACAAUACAAAAAAAGGAAUAGUGAGGAGACAGAUAAGCGAAGUAAUAUAAGAACGGAUAAACAUAAUAAUCCAAAUCUUGGUAAACGAAAUAGUUACAAUGAAGAAACUGUUGAAGAUAAGGAAAUAAAAGAAACAAAUAAAAGUAAUGACGAAUAUUAUGGUAACAAUUCAUACGAAAAUAAUAUGUCCUACUUAGAUAAUAAUUCCUUUAAAAAUAACAAUUUAAAUAAAUAUGAAAUAGUUGAAAAGAGUAAUAGUAAUAUAAAAAAGAAAAAAGGAGAUAACGCUGGUGGAUCUUUUUUGGGCAGUUUCUUUAUGUUCAAAAGUGAUUAUAAUAAAAAGGGUUCUCAAAUUGAGUCAAAUAAUGGGUCUGCAAUUAUAGAAGGCAAAUCGUAUGACUCAAUUGAAGGGUCUGAUUAUUCGUUCAAAUAUAAUAAUAAAGAAGAUAAAAAAAGGCACAUGAAAAAAAAAAAUAGUAAAAAAAGUAAUAUGAGUGCUUUUAAAAAAAUAUUUAAUUUAAGCAGAAAAAAAAAAAAAAAAAAAGGAGAUAAAUCCCCAUCCCUAAAAUCAGAAGACAAAAUUAAAAAAAAAGACAAUACAAAUGGAAGUAAUGUUGAAAAUAAUGAGGAUAAAUAUAACAACGAAAACAGUAAUCAAAGUAGCAAUGAAGAAGAUGAUCAUAUUAAUAAUUAUAAAAAAAAUGAUGCAAACAAAAAAAAGGUUAAUAAAAGUGAUAGUGAUGGAAAUUUAAAUAACAAAUCAAGCUCGUUAGAAGAAUUUAAAUUUGAUGAAGAAUUUGAAUUUCAAAUUUUAAAAAAAGAAGUAGGUGAUCAUUUGCAUAUUGAAGAUGACAUUGAAAAGAGUAUAAUAUUUGAGAGAUUCGACGAAGAAGACGAGUUUGAUAUUGAUACAAAUAAAAUCAAUAGCUCUUGUUCAAAUUCGAAUGAUUCGAAUAAAUCAAUUCGCCAAUCUGAUCAGAUUGAAACCAAAAUUAAAACUAAAAAAAGUAGUAGCGAUAAAAAAAAAACGAUUGGACUAAAAAAUUUACCAGGGAACAAAACGGACAACCUCCAAGAAAAAGAAAAAAUUGCUGAAAAGGUGAAUCAAAAAGAUGAAUUUAAGAGCAAAAAAAAAAAUUCGGUAGCAUCUCAUGAAAAUAGUGAAAUACUUGAAGAAUAUACGAAUUUGUCUAAAGUAAUUGCAGAAACAAAGAAAGUAAAAUCAGAUGAUAGUUCGAAAAGUGAACAAGAUAAAAAUAAAGUAGUAUCGUUAGAAAAAAGUGAUGAAAAUAUGGAAUACAAUGCUUUGAAUAUUGUAGAUAAAAUAGAACACGAUGAGGUAAAAGAGAUGAUCGAAAAAAAUAUUAAAGAAAAUGAAACAGAAAAAGGUUCAACGAAUAAAAGUAAAAGAAAUGAUUCUAUUGCAAAUUCAUGUGCAUCUUAUUAUUCAAAUGGAAAUGAAACUUAUUAUGAUAAAUAUUCAAAAAUAGGAAUUAUCGAAAAAAAAAAUAAAAAUAAGUUUAAUAAGUUUUUAACAAAUCUGGGCAAAUUUGGUUUUAAACACUCAAAGAAAAAGGGAGAAGAAAAAUCAAAUUAUAGCCAAAGUGUUGUAACAGAUAAUGAUGAUAAUGCUUCUUUAAAUAAAAUUGAUGAUCAUAAAAAUAAUCCAGACUCAUUAGAAAAAGAAGACUAUAUUUUAGAUGACCCUCAUCUAAAUUGGGAAACUGAAAAACAGAUUCUACAUAGUGAUGCAAGUGAAAAAAGUUAUAAAUAUCAUGGUAAGAAUAAUAAGGAAAACAAUAAAAAUGAAGAACCAGCCAAGAAAAAAAUGAGUAAACAAGUUGAUAAAUUAUAUUCAUAUAUAAAUAAAUUAAAGGAAAAAAAAAAAAGUGCAACAAAUAUUGAUAUGCAUAAUCAAAGCUUGAACAUAUCAAAAUAUAAAGAAGAAGAAAAUUCGAAAGUAGAUAUAAAAAUUAUGGAGAAGAAAUACGAUAAAAAUAAUGUUAACAAUAUCAAUGAAACAAAUGAACAUACCAGCAAUACUAAUAAAUAUAAAAUGAAAAAUCCUGGUGAUAAUAUUACUAUAUUGAAGAAAGAAAAUAACGAAUGUAAAAUAAAUGAAAUAGAAGUAAACUAUAACAUAAAAAAAUUGGACAGUGAAAAUAGUAGUAUGGAUGAAAAUUUAUUAGGAAAAAAAUAUAAAAGCAGCUCUUUUGAUAACUCUAAAAAGUCACCAAGAUUUGGAAAUAGUUCUAAUGAUACAGAAGGUAUAAAAUGCGAUGAAGAUUUACCUGAAAAAAUUUUAAUUGAUUCUUAUUUGGAUCAGUAUUCUAAGGAUAGUAAGAGUAGUGGUGGGAAUAAAAAAAAGAAAGAGAAGAAGAAAAAGAGCAAACAAAACAAUGAACGAAAUAAUUGGGGAAAAAGUAAAAGCAUAAAAGAGGAAAGCUCCUUUUCUAUGCUAUAUUAUGAAAUAAAUAGCAAUAAAAAAGAAAAAGAAAAUCAUAAUGAGAUCAUACUUUCAGAUGAUAUGAUUGAUAAGAAAAAUGUCCCUAAUAAUAUGUAUAAUGAAAUAUAUCUUCAUAAUAACACAUAUUUAGACGAAAAUUCAAAUAAACCUCAGGAUGACCAAGAUUGUCUUGAUUCCUUUUCGCUGAAAAAAAAAAACAAUGAUGAUAGUGCUUCAUCAAAUUCAUUAAAUGUUGUAAAAUUGUCGAGUUUUAUAUCGGUACCAGAUAGCCAAAAUGAAGAUAGUAACCAAAAUUGUAAGAAUAUAUUAAAAAAUGAAACCGAUAUGAAUAUAUAUUUGUCGUAA